CCCUGUGGUGCCACCUCAGAAAGCAACGAAGAAGAAGAACAAUCCCAGUCCCUUGCUUUUUGUAGAGUUGGUUCCCGUCAAUCUCUCCCCGCCUCUGCUCCAACUCACCUCUCUUCCAAUCCCAUCCAUGGCGCCUCUUCUCCCAUCAAAAUCCUCCCUCUCCCUCUCUUUCCCUCCGCCAUGCCUCAUCUUCUCCCACCCCUGUAGCCGAGGCGGGCCACCACCCUCCUCAUGGGCAAUUGCUUCACCAAGGAGCCGGCCGACCAGGCCGCCCCCGAGGUCGUCGCUGCCACCGCGGACUCCGAAUCCGAGGUCGCCUCCGCCAUCCAGAAGCCCCCCGCCAUUCCCCAGGCGAAGCCCGCCGCCCCGAUCGGCCCCGUGCUCGGCCGCCCCAUGGAGGACGUCCGCACCACCUACUCCCUCGGCAAGGAGCUCGGUCGCGGUCAGUUCGGCGUCACCCACCUCUGCACCCACAAGGCCACCGGAGAGAGGCUAGCCUGCAAGACCAUCGCCAAGCGGAAGCUGACCAACAAGGAGGACAUCGAGGACGUGAGGAGGGAGGUGCAGAUCAUGUAUCACCUAUCCGGCCAGCCCAACAUCGUUGAGCUCAAGGGCGCCUACGAGGACAAGCAAUCGGUGCACCUCGUCAUGGAACUCUGCUCCGGAGGCGAGCUCUUCGACCGCAUCAUCGCCAAGGGGCACUACACCGAGCGGGCAGCGGCAUCGCUUCUGAGGGUCAUCGUCCAGAUCGUGCAUACCUUCCAUUCCAUGGGGGUCAUCCACAGGGACCUCAAGCCGGAGAACUUCCUCUUGCUCAGCAAGGACGAGGACGCGCCGCUCAAGGCCACCGAUUUCGGUCUCUCCGUCUUCUUCAAGCAAGGAGAGGUGUUCAAAGACAUUGUCGGCAGUGCAUAUUACAUAGCACCUGAAGUCCUCAAGCGAAGGUAUGGACCAGAAGCUGAUAUUUGGAGCAUAGGAGUGAUGCUCUACAUUUUCCUCUGCGGCGUCCCACCUUUUUGGGCUGAAUCUGAACAAGGGAUCUUCAAUGCUAUUCUAAGGGGGCAGAUUGAUUUCACAAGUGAUCCAUGGCCUAAGAUUUCACCUAGUGCUAAGGAUCUUGUCAGGAAGAUGUUGAACUUGGAUCCCAAGCAGAGGCUAACAGCAGUUGAAGUCCUCAAUCAUCCUUGGAUCAAAGAAGACGGAGAAGCACCUGACACACCACUUGAUAAUGCUGUUAUCAACAGACUGAAACAAUUCAGAGCAAUGAACCAGUUUAAGAAGGCUGCUUUAAGGGUGAUAGCCGGUUGCUUAUCUGAAGAGGAGAUACAAGGUUUAAAGGAAAUGUUCAAGAGCAUGGACUCUGAUAAUAGUGGAACUAUCACUUUUGAAGAACUCAAACAAGGUCUUGCUAAGCAAGGAACAAAGUUGUCUGAAUAUGAAGUCAAGCAAUUAAUGGAAGCUGCUGAUGCAGAUGGCAACGGAACGAUUGACUACGAGGAGUUCAUAACAGCAACAGUGCAUAUGAACAGAAUGGACAGAGAAGAGCAUCUUUACACAGCAUUCCAAUACUUUGAUAAAGAUAACAGUGGCUAUAUUACGAGAGAAGAACUCGAGCAAGCUUUGAAAGAAAAAGGAAUGUAUGAUGAAGCAGAAAUCAAGUGUGUCAUCGACGAAGCUGAUGUUGACAAUGACGGUAACAUCAACUAUGAUGAGUUUGUAGCGAUGAUGAGAAAGGGGACUCCUGAACCGAAUAUGAAGAAGAGAAGGGAUGUGGUUAUUUAACCAUCAAAGUGGUCGGAGCAUGUGAAUGUGAUCAAUACUUUUAUAUGGUUUUCGAAUGUUGCUUUCUUCCCAAAAGAUCUACAAUUCUUGUUUGUGGGGAUGAGUAGGAGAAGAGUUCAGCCAUGUUGUCAUUUGAGGGGGUUGUCUUUUUUGUUCAACAGAGUAAAUCAGUUUUACGUGAUAAAAUACCCAUUGAAAAACUUCACAUGUGCCAAUUGAUGUUAAAAUCUGUCGUCACAUCCAUAUCAACAAAUCCUAAUGUGAUAUAUCUUUGUAAUGAUAAUGAAAUAGGG